AUGAUUCACAGUUUCAGUCUGAGCAAAAUGAAUAGCGUAAAGAACCAAAUGGUCCCUGCGAUGCUGGAGAUGCAGACGGCCCAGGUGACCCCAGUGAACGGCACAAGCAACAAUGCGCAGCUGCGAGUAGGGAAGGCAGACUUUAACAGCGUUUACUUGGACAUACUAAACAUCCAUGACUCGAUUGUGAAUCAUUUACAGACGAUAGUUAUUCACGUUUACAACAUGGUGGAGAAGUCGCUACGCUCCUCAAGUGGGGAAGACUCCUGUAGGGAUAUGCACACGGGAGGAGGUACCCACUGUAAUGGCUCUAGCGCUAGCUGUAUUAAUGUCACCAAUGAUGAACGGAGUGACUCAGCAGGAGGGGGUGUUGUUUCUUCCUCAAAUGGAGCCACGCGUACCGAUGGAAAACAAUCGUGUACACAUAUCAACAGAAACACACACGUAAAAAUAGAACCUGUGGAAGGGAAUAGCAGUGAUCGUUCCGAGCAUGCCAAUGUAGGGCAAGGAAGGAUGCCAAAUAACGAGAUGGACAAAUUAUCGAACAGUUCGGAAAAGGGCAUGGUGGACCCAACCCAGGAGGGAAGAACUAACCACUCGGUAAAUACGUAUAUGCCUGGGGAAUGCUGCGAAAGGGAAGAAAAUAUUCCAUCAAUUAGCAGUGCAAAGGAGUUGAAGUGCGCUAGUGAGUUGAAAUGCGCCAGUGAGUUGAAGUGCGCCGAUGAGUUGAAAUGCGCCAGUGAGUUGAAGUGCGCCGAUGAGCUAGCUAAAAGGACAUCCAAUUACGAUGCGCCAGUAGAGUUAGUCAUUAACAAAAUUGAACCCAAGGCAACCAAACGUGAAAAGUUUCAUGGGGAGAAUCCCCACAAGGGUGACAACCCAAACGUAGAGGAAGUGAUCAAGGAAAAUAAACUAAACCUGAGGAAGCACAUUGUCUUGUUGGAACUUCUAAAGUACGUCAUGGUGCACUCAAAUAAUUCACAAGCUGAUUUGCAUAGAGACAAAAUAGUGAACCCACAAAUGGGAGGUAAUAAUCACAUGAACAUGUUAAAAAGAAAUUUUGAUUUUUUAAAAAUGAACUACAACUCAGAUGAGAGCAUCUGCUGUGAUCCCAAUCUUUGCAAUGUGAACUCCUCCAGCAUUAACAUUAAGUACCUUAAUAUUAUAAGCUACUACAUGGAUUUGCUUUCCCCCUUCAAUAAGUUUCACGAGGAGAACCCGGGAGGGGACAGCAAGUGGGCGAAAAGAUGCGUGGGUGGGGACGUAGAUGGGGACGUGGAUGGACGCGUGGAUGGAGACGUAGAUGGACGCGUGGAUGGGGACGUAUAUAGACGCGUGGAUGGAAACGUAGAUGGAGACGUAGAUGGAAACCUAGAUGGACGCGUGGAUGGAAACCUAGAUGGACGCGAACAGCUCACGCUUGUGAGGAAGAAGCUGGACGAUAUUGCGCUCAAUUAUGAUGACCUCGUGGAGGACAUUCUAAAAAACAACAACGUUAACGGUUUUACUGAAAGCUACCUGUACGCUUUGAAGGACAGAAUUCUGCAGGAGGAAUUUCCACACCAAGGAGCAACUGACAUGUAUGGGGGAGAUGCGGAAAGGCUCAGCAGGAUCCUCCUGAGUGGUCUUAAGAAGCAACCAAGGGGGCUUGCAACCCAUGGCAUGAGUCGACCAAAUGGGGAUGUACACAGUGGAAGGUACGUCGGGGGUGCUUCCAUUGGGAGUGGUACCAUUUUGUCCAGACAUGCCCCAUACAGCCAUUUCGCGCAUGCCGUCGAAAGCGUUAGUGAUCGUCAGAACGAGGACUUCCUACGUAGUGUGAACCCGUUUCCUGGCGGCAACGCGCAGGAGGGGGAAGUCCCCAAUUGGGGUCCCCCCAAUGGGUGUAUGACAAGUAUGGCGGGUGUAUCCCAUAGACCCGGUAGAAACAACCCAAUCGGAAAAAAAGCCGUCCAUCACAACAGCUUCGUGCCGAAGGGUUAUACCUUCACGGACGGAGGAGGGGCCUUCCACAAAGGGAGAAACCGAAACGGUGAUGAGAGCCAAAACGGUGAUGAGAGCCGAAGCGCUUACCACAACAUGAUGUGCGAAAGUGCGCAGAGUUAUAACCAUCUCUACAACAACAACGAUAGCGGAAGUACUUCUAAUCAUGUCAGUUCCACAGAGAUGAAUUCCGCGCACACAAUAGGGGGUCUUCCAGCAGCGGGGAUAAAACAUGUGGUGAAACAAAUUUCGAAGGAACACGCGGAGAAUUCAAACAAGCCAAUUCGUGAUGACACCGUGAUGAAUUACAACCACUACUCUACAGGGAGAAUGUACAGACAGGAAAGUAAUCUCAUUCCGCAGAACAAGUACUACAACCAAAAUGGGAACGAUCAUUAUGGGCAAUAUUACAAGGGGGGGUAUGCAGGGGGGAAAGAAGGCUUCAGUAGUUAUCUAGGCAAUUUUAAAACUGGUAUAAAAAUGGAAAGAAAAAAAGAUCAUUUCUUGAGGGGAUCUGAAAUGAUUACAUGCACAGGUCAGAACUAUUCGAAUGAUACGAACAGUGGUAAUGUAUGGGGGUACCAGCAUGUCGGUACGCUUCAUGCGCAGGGAAGGGAUGAUUAUGAUGAGAAUGACCCGCGUAGAUUGUCACCAAGAAGAAUCAUACCAGAUGAGGAACAGAAUCAGGAUGGCGGUUUUGCUUCUCCCCCUCAGAGGAAUAUAAAAAAUGGAACAAAACUGAAAUUGGUCGACGGGGUGGAAGCGGGGGAGACGGAUGCGGGGGAGACGGAUGCGGGGGGAAGGGAACACCUCGGAGAAGCGAAAAAUGGUGAAAACGAGGAGGACAAUUCGCACAACUGGGAGAAUUCGCCUCACCCACAUCACUCGCAUCACUCGCAUGAGGAGAGCCGAAACAGGGAGGCCCGUCGUCACCAUGAUGGAGAUACCAGAAGGGACGCGGAAAAGACGCACUCCAGAAUGAGGAGCAAUAAACAUGAUAGUAGUUACUACACAAAUGACAAACACUUCUUCAGUGCUACCCCUAGCUUUGAUGAUGGGACAAAUUGGGAAGGCCUCCAAGGCGGAAAUGAUGAUGGUCCAUAUGUACAUAGCUUUAAUGCCAAGAGAAAGAGUUCCAAUCAUUACAGUGGAGGCGCAUUAAAAAGGACCACGUCUGAUGGGAGAUUCAAUAUGCACAUGAGAGGAGGAGAGCAGAUGGUAGACAAUGAUUUCCUAAAUAGAGACAAGGACUCCUCCAUGGGGAAAAUGCCAACGAGUUCUUUCAUCCAGUUGUAUCAAAAAAAUGGUGAAGAUAUUCUGGGUACACAAUUUUGUCAUAACCUAUCCAGGAGCAAUAGCCUCAAUAGUUACAAUAGGCCGAGCUGCUUUUCCUUUUAUGCGCAGCGCCUUCGGGAUGGCUUGCCCAGCUGGGACGCUCAGGCGAAAAAGUAUAAUAGCCGCUCCAACGGAGGCACAAAUUAUACGAGCGGUAAAAGUAGGCAAAAUAAUGAUGAGAGUAACGGAAGGCACAAUAACGACACGGAUGGAAGGGGUAGCAAUAACAGCGGGGGGUACAGUCACAGUGCCGGAGGUGGCAACAACGGAGUCAGUCGAAGCAAUGAUAGCGGUAGUAACGAUAACGAUGGUGAUGAUGACAAAAAUGGAGAACAUCGACAUAGAGGGAAAAAAGAUUAUUACGAUGAUAAGGAAGACGAGGAAGAGGAAAAUGAAAAUGAAGGACGUGGGAAGGACCAUUCUGCAGACCAUACCAAUCAACACACUUUGCAAGAUAGUGGAGAAAAAAGAAAAAAAAAUCAAUUUGGUAUGACCACGAAUGAUGUGCGCGAAUACGUGCAACAUAAUGGAACCAAACAGAGUAAUUCUGAAAAUCUUGUUGAUGAUCCUAAUGCAUAUUCGCGGAGGAACGAAGGGGGGGAAUCCUUUCUGGAGGAUCACCAACUGAUGGAGUCAAGCAUAAACGAAGCGAAGUACGAGGGACAUGGGAACAAUUCGGGGGGCCCCAACCAGGUUGGCUUGCCUCAGCGCAUGGGCGUAGCUGGAGGGGCGAUCAAUGUGGACAGCGCGAGGAGCCAGCCGAACAGGUCUAACAGGGCGAACCGGACGAGCGAGCUUAACCAGCCCAGCCAGCUUAACCAGCCCAUCCAGCUUAAUCAGCCUAACCAACCUAGCCAGCCUAACCAGCCUAGCCAGCCUAACCAGCCUAGCCAGCCUAACCAGCCUAGCCAGCCUAACCAGCCUAGCCAGCCUAACCAGGCGAGCCUCCCUGACAGUGCCACCUUGGGCAGCUCGUGCAACUUCAUCCCCUUUGGCGGCCAAGUCAGCUUCCCAGACAGAGCCAACUACGGCCACUAUGGGGGGUUCGAAAAUUUUGGAAGCUACGGUGGUUACAGCAACUUUGGCGAUCGCAGUUACGGGAGUUACUCCAACUGUGGCAACUUAUGCAGCUCGUACAGUAAAGUCAGGGACGACAGGACAGUAGCGAGAAGUGCCCUAGCGCAUAGCAGCGCGGAGACGCCAGAGGGGAGAAGUAGAGUCUUGCCGGCAGACGAAUUGAGGAUUCGAACCGGUGCAGGCUGUCCUAUGGGCACAAACAACCAGGUGCAGUUUCAUAACCAGGGAAACAACCCGAUGAGCGAUCGGAUGGGCGACCGGAUGAGCGACCGGAUGAGCGACCGGAUGGGCAACCCGAUGAGCAACCCGAUGAGCAACCCGAUGAGCAACCCGAUGAGCAACCCUAUGAACAACGAAAUGUACGGCCCCCCCACAGACGCACACAUCAGCGCAGGGGAAAGAAACAGACCGAAUUGUAAACCAAGCAUGGUAAACAUGCGUGAGAAAAAUGAAAGUAUGGAACAUGAUUUGAUUAACUUCACGAACAAUGCAUACGUAGACAUACACAAAAUAAUACAAAAUGAUGAUCUGUUGAAGAAUGAGUUGUCCGGAUUGGAAGAGUCUCUCCAGCUAGCCAACGCAUCAACAAAAGGUAAUAAAAAAAAUACAGCCAAAUAUAACUCGAACGAAUUAGAAAUUUUAAUGAUGUAUGAUAGCUGUAAAAAUAUGCUUAAGUCGUGCAACAUGUUACGGAGUGAAGAAUUAAAAAAUGCAGAUGGGGAUGAGUACCUCGUGAAUGAGACUUGCAUCCCUGCCAACGUUUUAACAAACAAUGACAUGAUGAGCGACAGUUUGAAUGCCGACAUAGAGAAAAUUAUUGAUAUAAUGAGCACAAACAUGCAGGCAAAAAGCAAAGACAAGAAACGGAAGCUGAGCUCUAUGAACUGCCCCCCAAACGAUCGCACCUUUCCCAACGGGGAGAAGAAGCCAGAAUAUAUGGGCGAUAAAUGCAACUCGAAAAAAAUGCCAAGAAAUUCAGAAGACAAAAGGAAGAAGUAUCAAAAGAUGGACAUAAGGACACUAAACAAAAAUGUUCAGAAAAAUAAAGAAGUAUGCAAAAAUUGCUACAUCCACUAUGACAAUAGUAAGUCCAGUUACAUACUGACGUUCAUAAAUAGGAAGCAGAAGAAGCAAAGGAAACUCUUCCCUGUCAACCCAAAUGAAAAGGACGAGGCGUAUGUCAUUCAAAUUAUGAAUUAUAUUGAGAAGCUAAAGGACCAGGAAAAAAUUUUUGGAAUUAGUAAGAAUGACGAAAUGGGGGCCCUGCAAAGGGGUGAGGUGGCUAAUCUGCACAGAAGCGAAGGAGGAAAACCCGGAGCAGACCGACGCAACUACGACAAAGAUCAACAGAUGCAAGAAAAACACAUGGACAGAGAACCAUACGCAGAAGUAAACCUUCCAGAGAAAGACGAAAUGUGCUCGAACAACCUAAACUUGUUAAACAAAAAAAUGAAUAACUUUCUGAGUGGAAUAAACGAUCAACUGUACAUGGAUCCCCAAAUGAAUUUCAUCCCAGAGCAUCUACCAUUUAUCCAGAACGUGGGAGGAAAUCCCAAUCUGAGUCACGUGAAUAUCUAUGACGAUGUGAAUGCUCCCUCCGGAGUUGAUUACGUUAACUUUAAUUUACUAAACGAUGGGCACUCGUUUGAAAAUUUACACCUGAUGAACCCAUGCACGAACAGCGUGCAGAAUUUGAACCCUUUUUUUAAGGUCCACUCUAAGAAGGGGGAUUUCUCCACGCGGAUGAAUGACCAAUAUGUGGGGGAUGUCAUUGGGGAUGUCAUGGGAGGAGGAGAGGUCAACACAGGGGGGGAGAGUAUCCAUGGCGGGGUAGCCACUGAUAUGAACAACAACAGCACCAGUUGCCGCAACGUCGGUUCGGGAAUGAACAGUUUUUCGGGUCGGAGAGGGAAUAGGCGCACCUGUCACUCUAACGGGGGCAGCCACAACCGCGGGAACCACUCAGGCAACAGCCCCUUUGCACCCAACGUGUACGAAAACGCCAUGAUGCAUCAACCCAUGAAGAACGUUAUGUACCCAGGAGAAAAUAACCAGGCGAUGAAUCACCAGAAGGGUCGAAGUAGUGGAAACCCAACCAACACGAAUGACCAGUUCACCCCUAUGAAUAUGUUCACGAAUGCAAAUUUUUCGAACUACAACCAGAGUAACAUGCCCAAUAGUUGCGAAAACGAAAUGAUGCAUAACUACAAUUCAGUUAGGAAUGACUAUGGGGAUAACAUGCUCGUCGAAUCUAACUACGAUAGUGACCGUGUCACGGCCGGGGGGCGUACCAUGCAGCACAACGAGUAA